UUGCCUUUAACUGAUCCAUUCUGGAGAAGAAAAAAAAAACUGUUCAUGCGCGUAAGUUAGAGGAACAAAAUCUGCAUUGUUAGCAUCUGACCGAGCGACUGCAUCUCGUCGAGAGGAGGAGCGCACGAAAUCCAAACAUAUCCUUGACGUUUCGUGUUUUUUUUAACGAUUCAUGUUUGCAAUAUACAUAAAGGUAUAGGCUAAGAGAUAUUGUGCCACAGGGCGAUUUGCAAUUGAGGUCACAGCUGGCGGUUCCUCGCGAUGCUUAUCAUCCAACAGCAAUGAUGCUGCGGUACGAGGGCAGUGACAUAGAGUAGAAAGGUGAUGGACAAUGCGCUGUCCGGCGGGUAGCCUACACGACCCCUGUGCUCCUGGUCCUGAAUGCAGCGGAGAGAGACACCUAACCGGGUGUCACCGUCUAGCCCUGGAUGCUGCGCCGAAGAAUGGGAUACGCCGACCCAUCGUCGGGUAAAGAUAUACUCGGCAAUCGGUCUCUUUGUUUCAUGUUCAUUUGCGUAUUUGGACUCGUCACACUACUGCAACAGAUCCUCUAUGGGAAAAACUACAUUAAGAGUGCGCAACAGUUUAGCCGACUCAAAGGGGACGAGACAGGAAAUUGGACCGGUCCCGUUAAUUUCUUGGAUGAUGGAUCUCUGAAGCCGGCCAGAAAUGGAAGGAAAAGAUGUUUCCGUCAGAAAUUUCAGCCAGAUUCACAGAUCUCCGUAAUAGUCACACCCUGCCUAGCUGAUAUUAAGAAGAAAAAAAAAAGGUAUCUGGAAAACUACGAUGGCUCAUAUGAGUACAACUCCACUGCAUGCAGGGAGCUCAGACAGGAGAUUAUGGACGUCAAGGGCUUGACAAUGGUGAAAACCUCUGAUCUGUUUGAGAGAUGGCGAAACCUGCAGGUGUGUCGAUGGCAGCAGAACAAGGAGGAGAACAGCAACUUCAAAAUGGCGCUGUCUCGCUGCUGUAACGCUCCCUCCUUCCUCUUCACCACCAAGAGGAACACGCCUGCAGGGACCAAGCUGAGGUACGAGGUGGAUACCAGCGGUUUUCUUCCCAUCACCUCUGAAGUCUUCAAGAUGUUCCCAGAGGAUAUGCCGUAUUCCAAAUCGCAGUACAAGAAAUGUGCUGUUAUUGGAAAUGGCGGCAUCAUCAAGAACACCAAAUGUGGGAAGGAAAUUGACUCGGCAGAUUUUGUGUUUAGGUGCAACAUCCCUCCCAUCAAUGAGAAGUACUCGGCCGAUGUCGGCACCAAAACAGAUCUUGUGACAAUAAAUCCGAGCAUAAUUACUGAGAGAUUUCAGAAGCUGGAGAAAUGGCGGCGACCCUUUUACGAAGUGCUCCAGAAUUACGAGAACUCUUCCGUGGUGCUUCCCGCCUUCUACAACACCCGCAACACCGACGUAUCGUUCAGGGUCAAGUACAUGCUGGACGACUUCGACUCCCAGCAGGCCGUGUACUUCUUCCACCCGCAGUACCUGCUCAACGUGCAGAGGUUCUGGGCGGUGCAGGGCGUCCGGGCCAAGCGGGUCAGCAGCGGCCUGAUGCUCGUCACCGCCGCCUUAGAGAUGUGCGAGGAGGUCCACCUCUACGGUUUCUGGGCGUUUCCCAUGAACCCCUCCAGCAUCUUCAUCACCCACCAUUACUAUGACAACGUGAAGCCGCGGCCGGGCUUCCACGCCAUGCCCCAUGAAAUCUUCAACUUCAUUCACAUGCACACUCGUGGGAUCAUCAACGUACACACGGGGCCGUGCACGUGAUCGCCCACCCCUCCUCUGUCAUGUUUACCUUUCAGUUUGUUUGUUUCGGUCAGGGAGACACUUCACUAUAUCAAAAAAGAGAGUUGGCCUUCGGAGCGCACACAUGUCUGCACAGUGGAGCCGUCUCUUUUCGAUGUGUACCUGAAGGUGUUUAUGUAGCCAAUCAAAUCACUAGGGUUAUCUCCGACUCUGUACCCAGAGGAUGCUUGUUUUUAAUGUGUAAAGUGGUCUUCAUAGUGAUGUUGUUUCUGUGAAGUUUUCUAGUGGCUCUGCUGUAGGGAGGUGUUUGUUUUCUACUCGACAUUGCACAGAUAUUUACGCUGACAUGGACGUGGGUGUCUUUGUGAAAAAAAGCUACAAUUCCAACAUCCAAUUGUCUACUUUUGUAAUCUAUUUCCUAUCGACCAGAUUCACUGGGUAAUAAAUAUAUGAAGAAAAAAACAAAACACUGUUAAGAUGGCCUGUUUUCAGCCGCCUACUUUCUCCCAAUUACAGACAUCCUCGCAUAUUUCUGGGGAAAAAAGGGGUGCAUGCCCCCCCCCCCGUUUUUUUUGAGGGCUUGUCAUGGUUUUUGGACCAACGCUUGAUAGAUAUUUCAAAAUGUCACCACGUGAGCAAAACUCGAUGCCAAUGAGCGUACCGUUGAGCGACCCGGUCUCUUGUUGUCAUUCAUGUCUUAUGCCAUGCUGCCUUAUGAGAUAUCGAACCCCCUCUGUAUGAUAUGCAAUGCACCCGUGUGUUUUGCUUAUCUGAAAAUACAUAAACAUCAAACUAAAUCGUAUUUAUAUUCUUGGAUCAAAGGAUAUUUAAGACUCUCUAAGGUACAGAAAUACAUGUGUGGUUCUCUGCUUAUAUUCUAUUGGAAUUAGCGAAGUCUUAACCCCUGUAAACUCAUUUCAUAAUCAUGGAACGCUCUGCAUGACUUUAUAUAGUUGGUUUUGUGUGUGCCUGCUUCAAUGAUCACUGAAAUGUUUACACGUAAGCCUCCACUGGAGCUCACAGUGCUGUUGGGGACAUAAACACAAACUUUUACACAGAGAGGAUUUGUUGACUGUACAAUAGGUCUUAUUGAUCAAAGAUGCACGAAGAUGGUUGCUGCCCUUUUGUGAAAUGCUACGCCACUUUCAUUUCCACUGCAUUGUUUCACCCUCCUAUUUGAUAUGUGGACAUUCAGCUCGCACUCCAGAAAGCAUUGUACAUUUACACACUGGAAAGCUGCGUGAGUUUUUACUGUUUAUUUAGUUUGACAGGUUUUAAGCGACUGUAACAUCACAUCGAGUUUCUCGUCUGGUCAUGCUCUGCUCGGCACUUCUCCAUGUUCUCAUCAUUCGUACAGAGUAAUUGUGUGUUUAUGCACAAGAGAUGUAAGUUCAGCAAAUAUGAGCACCAAAAAUGUUUUCGCUUGACCACUAAAUUGUUGCACAGAAGACACAACUGAAUCAAGAAUGGGAAAGGAAGAAAACUGGUCUGUGUACUGAAAGGUGAUGUAUAACAGUGCUUCUUAACUGACUCUGGAUCAUUCUUUAUCAUGGUAUUGUGUUUGUAAAUAAACUUGUUUGGAUUUUCUCA